AUGAAGAUGGACCCUCCACGAAACCGAAAGCAGCGACGAGCUGCAGCUACCGCAUCACAGGCAGAUUCCUUCGAUCCUUCCUCGAUUCCCCUUGCUCAUCCUCCACCAAAUAAUCCUUCGAAGUCCCAAAAGAGUGGGAGAACGUUGGUAGACAUGAUUGCAGAAAGACAGGGCCAGCUUGAGGGGACACUUGGCUCCUCGGGAUCGCAAAAGGGCAUCGAGACGAAGUACGUGGCCAUCGAUCCAGACACGGGCGAUAUUUCUCCUUUCGAUCAGUCAAGUGUGUCGGGUACUGGGAAGGAAGGUCAGCUGUCUGAGGGAGUUGCAAAGGAUGAGGAAGAAAUAGACGACUACGACCCCAUUUCACCAUUUAUCGACACCGUUCUGCUCUCCAUACCUCUGACUGUCUUGCAUCUGACAUUGGGGUAUCUGGCGGCCCAUCAGUACGCACAGAACAUUGAGCUCGACGUCCUCUUCCGCAAUUCAGGCUUUGUCGCGUUCCCAACAUUAACUCUCCUCAUUCACCUUGCUCACGGGCAUAUUAUCUCAUUCCGCCGGGGUCAAGGAGAAUCCGAGACCAUUUCGCUCUUCCCGUGGCAUCCAGAGAAGCUCUCUUUUUCGUUUCUGCGCAAGCUACUCUUCCCACCGUCGCUAAAGACAGCCAUCUUUCUUCCUGGAGCGGUAAUUCUCGGUAAUAGACUCAUGGAAAUGACAAACGAGGACUCUUACUACGCGGUUAUGAAGCAAGCACCGGCUAUCGGGACAUUAUGGGUAUGGUGUAUUCUCGAGAUUCCUGUGGGGGCCGCUUUUCUUGGAGCACUGGGUCCAUUGACAUACGGUGUAUGGUUCAAAGGGUACGGCAUUCUCUAA